GAAAGUUCAAGGGGGCCAAAUACUUUUGCAAGCCACUGCAUCCCCAGUCUCCCUCGGAAUGCUGUUGAAGCUCUGCCGGAUUAAUAUAAUCUUGCUUCCCUGUUUAGCUGUGCCUCUCUUCCUGUUUUAUUUUGGUUAUUAUUUCUACACUCAUCACAUCCUGUCUGCCAGGCAGCUAUACUGUAACACUUACAGUUGUUAUAGCACUUAAUCCAAAGCAACGGUCGGAUGCUAUUCCCUUCUUCAUUCCCGUUUUUUGUUAUUUGAAAGAGUUGCUUAAAGUAGAUUUUUGACUUUUAAUUGUGUCUAAAUACUAAAAAAGCUUUCACCAAUAUGUCCAUUAAAAAUCUUGAUUUGAUAAAAAAGGUGCCUAAAGUAGUUCUAUGUUGCCCUCAAAAAUAUUCCCUUAGUAAUUAUACUGCGUCACAUUGCUUUCACACAAUACAAUAUGACUGGAUUGUAUUGCCUAUAGUCAAGACUGUUUCCAGUCAGUAACUUAAUACCCAUUGUCACACUGGAGAUCAGUCACCAGAUCAGCUAACAGCCCAGAUCUAUGCUGUGCUAACCUAAAAUGGUCCAAGAAGGAAUGCUCUGUUCCUCGAAAGAAAAUGAAUUUCAUUUUACUUUGUUAUCGCAGCAGAGCGAUAUUUAAAGCUCUCUGUCGGUUCUUUAUUUUACACAGUGAAAGACUUUUGUGUAAAGCUGCUGAAAGCGUUUGAACACAAUUGUCACGCUUUGUUCAUUUGUUUGCGAAAAGUGUUUUUUCUGCAGAGAUUACAUUUCCUGUAGCCAUCCUGCCAGCCUUCCAGGCCUAUCCUGCAGUGCCACCACACUAUCCCGCUGCUGCUGCUACCCCCUUUGGAUUCAACCCGAACCCGAACCCAAACCCUCCAGUGUGGGGUUUUGAGCCACAACAACCAAUAGCAGCUCCCCAACCGUCAGAUCCCCCUCCUCCUUAUGGAGCAUAUGCAAUGUACCCUCCAUUGCCAGAUUUUGAGAAUAAAUCCUAGCAACAGGUCUGACCAGAUGCUUUGCCAGGAAAUGGUGUGAAAACACCGAGAAGCAUACUGUGGUCAUUAAGAGCCACUCUAGUGUUCACCAAGCACUUCUGUGGCUAUAGACUAUACCAAAUCCCUAUAGUGUGUGUUUAACUGCCUCAUAUAGGAGUAUCCACUCCUGAUUGUUUCUUUUUGUUGUUUUUUUUUUUUAAUCAAACACUUCAUAUCUUAAGUGUCUACGUGUUCCAGAAAGCAGAAAAUGUAUAACAGUACUUAUAAUGGAACUGUGGUCAGUAUUAGAACCCUACAUUCUGUUUCUUUUAAAUACUUCAUUGAUGACCGGAGUCUUCCCUGAAUGUUUUAAAUCUGCUGUGGUAGUGCCAAUCUUGAAAAAGCCUGGACUGGAUGUUGACUUAGUUGCAAACUAUAGACCCAUCUCACAUUUUUCUUUUUUGUCUAAGGUCUUUGAAAAAGUUGUUUUUAAGCAGCUCACUGAUCAUCUUUCAACAAACAAUCUGUUUGAACCAUUUCAGUCUGCUUUUAGACCAAAUCACUCCACAGAAACAGCUUUAAUCAAAGUGGCAAACAGUCUGUUGGUAAAUGCAGACAGUGAUCGCACUUCAGUUUUAGUACUACUAGAUCUAAGUGCUGCAUUUGACACUGUGGAUCACUGUAUUUUAUCGGAUAGGCUUGAACAUUUUAUUGGAGUUACAGGAAAUGUUUUAUCAUGGCUGAGAUCUUAUCUGUCUGGGAGAUCUCAGACUGUUAGUUUUAAAAAUGAUCUCUCCGAGACCUGUGCAGUGGGGCGUGGGGUCCCUCAGGGCUCUGUACUUGGCCCAUUGCUGUUUUCCCUGUAUCUGCUGCCUCUUGGUGUUCUUUUACGUUCUUUUAAUGUAACUUUUCAUUGUUACGCUGACAACCUGCACCUUUAUGUUCCUUUAACCAUUGGAAAUUGUGCUGACAUGUCUAAAUUAGAAUCGUGUCUAUCUGCAAUUAGGGGCUGGUAAUCGGAUAACUUCCUGCUUCUUAAUACUGAUAAGAUAGAGUUGAUGGUCACUGGACCACAAAAAUUUCAAUACAUGUCCCAAAAUUUAAUCUUGAAAAUUGAAGGUAAAAAACUUGGGCGUGUGGUUUGACACAGUGCUCUCCUUUGAGUCUCAUGUAAGAGAGACAACAAAGACCACCUUUUAUUAUUUAAGGAACAUAGCCAAAAUCAGACAAGUUUUAUCAAGCAAGACUGCAGAGGUUCUUCUCCAUGCAUUUGUGUCUUCACGUAUUGAUCAUUGUAACGAUCUCUUUUCUGGGCUACCAAAGAAAAGUUUUAGAGGUUUACAGAUGGUGCAAAAUGCAGCGCCUCGCAUUUUAACUAAAACUGGAAAAUUUGAGUGCAUUACGCUGUACUGAAAUCCCUUCAUCGGCUAUCUUGUCAGGUUUGAGCAGAUUUUAAGGUCCUGCUGCUCACCUACAAAGCUUUAAAUGGAUUGCCACCUUCAUACCUCUCUGAUCUUUUGCACCUUUAUGUUCCAUCCCGUGCUCUCCGAUCCCAGGAUCCCUUUCUGAAAAGUAAAGAGUAAAAUAUUUUCCAUUCACUGGUUAACAGCAUUACAAUAUCAAGCCUGCAGGUGACAUAUAAUGCACUUUUUUGUUUUGUUUUUUUGGUAUCUUUGAAAUAAAGCUCUGUAUGAUAAUAAACUUUUUUAACGAAAUAAACGUCUUUGGGGUGGUCUUUGGAUUUUAGUAAUUUUUCAUGAUAUACCACAAAACAUGAAGCUGACAUAACUAGACAUCUUUUACUUUGAGUUAAUUGCUUUCAGUUCAUGGGGCCAUCAAAAUAUUGACCGCAACAUUUUUUUCCUGGUAUGUUUUAGGUUUUGCCAGUGUUUCCAGAUUAAUUUUAAGCCUUGGUAAUCCCCCCCCAAAAGGCCCUUUUGUCAUCUCUCUGAAAAAGGGGGUCUAUUGUUAAGGUUACUUCUCAUCACCUCUGCUUAGGAUUUCAAAGAGUUUUAACAUCAUGGCAUGUAAUCUGCAUCAAGUGGAAGAUUUACUGUAGGUGUGGUGAAAUAUAUCAUGUGAUGCAGCCAGCAUGUGGCAGUCACACCUACAAUAAAAAAUAACUAAAGAGAAACAAGGUGGUAUUUUUCGCUGCCCCAAUAUGUGGUUGUGAAGAGACCAUGCUGGUUAUCCAGAGAGUGUGUCUCAAAUCAUUCAUAAUGUAAUCUCAUGUUAAACCCCGUUAAGUUUCCAUAGCUGAAAAUCUUUUAGUGGCACUGCUUUGGGAGGGUGUAUGAUACAAGAAAAACUGGUUUCACAUUAUUUGUAUACUUGAAAGCAGCUAUAACAAGCCAGAGAGUGGCUGCGCUGGGCACAACUGGCCUGAGUUUUCUCUUGGUUUUUGCAACACAAUUUUUUUAUCCCACUUUUUGCCAUCUGAAAAUGACCAUUAAAAAAUUCUCAAUCGAAUACGAUGCCAUCAACAGCAAAAACACCUUCACGAAUGGAGAUAUGAUUAAUGGAAGAAUUAUUGUGGAGGUGUCUGGUGAAACCAAAAUCCAAUCGCUGAUUUUUAGAGGACAAGGGAGAGCGAAGGUAUGCUGGAGUGAGCAUUACGGACAAGAUCAAACCCACGUUUACUGGGCUACUGAGAAAUAUUAUGACAUCAAACAAGAUAUCUUGAGAGAAUCAAGACGCGAUGGCACUGAAGUCAUUGGAAAAGGAAGACACGUAUUUCCUUUUUUGUUCAGGAUUCCUGAUGGAAUGCUGCCAUCAACCUAUAAAAGAGCCCGUGGAAAAAUUGUUCAUAAGGUGAAAGCAGAGCUGACACAAUCAAUUACAAGAAAAACCAAGGCUCACUUCACUUUUGUGUCCAAGGCAGACAUGGGUAUUCCUGGACUUCUGGAACCUCAGUAUACUUGUAAGGAUAAAUCUGUUUUGGGCUCUGGAAAGGUUUCAGUAGAUGUUUAUACCACUCAGAUGGGAUACAUGCAAGGCGAAGCUCUCGUGGUCACAGUUGAAAUCAACAACAACUCGAGUCGCACAGUGAAGCCCAAAUUCAUACUGUAUCAGAAACACAGUUUCUUUGCCCAGGGCCACAGGACAGUUUACACACACGACAUCCUUAAGGAUAAGGCUGAGGCUGUUGAAGCAUCUUCUGGCAGAAAAACUGUGACCAAGGUGAUCACCAUCCCUGGAGACCUACCCCCCUCCAUCUUGAACAGCCACAUCAUCAACCUGGAGUAAAUGCUGAAGGUCCAAAUGAAAAUCAAAUGUUCCAUUGAUCCAAAGCUCAAACUUCCUAUAGUUAUCAUGCCUGCGGUUGUGAAACAACCACAUCCUUCUGCUGGCAUUGGAUUUGACACUUUUAGGAACCCAGAAAAUCCAGCCUGGGGAACUACACCCCAGCAAACACCACCCCAGUGUGGAGAUCUUCCACCUCCCUACGGAGCACAUGCGACGUACCCCACUACCACUCUCGAUGAUGAUGGCAUUGAGAUGUUAACUUUUUGAACUGUGUGGAUCAAAGUGUACCUUCUAACAGACCCAUAAUGAUAUAUUGUAUUUUCAGUGAGGAGCUUGUUUCAACAACAGGAAAGACCCCAUUAUUUGAGAGAGUCCUUGGGACCCUCAUGGUUCAAAAAGUAUUUUGACCAGAGUUACAGUCUUGGAAAAUUAUGUAUGAUUAGAAGUGAAACCAUUUACCUGUCUGUGGAGAAUUCUUCCACAUUUCAACUGAUCUAAUGUAAUCUACUGUCUCUGUGUUUAGUCUGUGUAGAUUAUCUCCCCACUAAAAUGCAGUUAGUAUUAAAAUAAAACCCACAAAACACUUAAAGAUUUAAAA